CAGCUUCCAGGACCCGCCCUCCGCAGCUUGGGGUCCCGCCCUUCUCAGGAUUUAAUGCCUGCCACUUGGGCGGCUCCGCAGCCGCCUCUUCCGCCUCUGCCAGGCUAUACAUUUAAAGCAGACUGCCAUCAUCUUAGAGGUUCAAAUCCAGACAUGCUCCCUGAAGCCAGUCCCCUGUGGCUACUUCGGCUCCUCCGGGACAUCCAGCUGGCCCAGUUUUACCGGCCCAUUCUUGAAGAACUUAAUGUCACUCGGCCAGAACAUUUUGACUUUGUAAGGCCUGAGGACCUGGACAACAUUGGCAUGGGCAGGCCUGCCCAGCGCAGACUUGCUGAGACCCUGAAGAGGUACCGUUCCGGGGUCAAGUCUAAGAACUGGGUCUACAAGAUCCUUGGGGGUUUUGCUCCUGAACAGAAGGAGAUCUCCCGACGCUCAGACAGCCUUCUAUGCCUCCAUGAGCCAGAGGGGGGACUCAAGUGUCUGAUUCCUGAAGGUGCUGUGUGCAGAGGGGAGCUUCUGGGCUCAGGCUGCUUCGGUGUUGUACAUCGAGGGCUAUGGACACUGCCCAGUGGUCAAAGUAUCCCAGUGGCUGUCAAGUCCCUCCGUGUGGGUCCUGAGGGUCCGAUGGGCACAGAGCUGGGAGACUUCCUGCGGGAAGUGUCUGUCAUGAUGAAGCUAGAGCACCCACACGUGCUGCGUCUGCAUGGCCUCGUACUGGGCCAGCCUCUACAGAUGGUGAUGGAGCUGGCGCCAUUGGGCUCCCUGCAUGCGCGCCUGACUGCCCCAGCGCCGACACCCCCACUGCCUUUGGCCCUACUGUGCCUCUUCCUGCGUCAGUUGGCAGGAGCCAUGGCGUACUUGGGGUCCCGUGGGUUAGUGCACCGGGAUCUCGCUACCCGCAACCUGCUACUGGCCUCAGCGCGUACCAUCAAGGUGGCAGAUUUUGGACUUGUGAGGCCUCUGGGCGGUGCCCGAGGUCGCUAUAUCAUGGGCGGGCCCCGUCCCAUCCCCUAUGCCUGGUGUGCCCCAGAGAGCCUACGCCAGGGAGCCUUCUCCUCUGCCUCUGAUGUGUGGAUGUUUGGCGUGACACUGUGGGAAAUGUUUUCUGGAGGAGAGGAACCCUGGGCAGGUGUCCCACCUUAUCUCAUCUUACAGCGGCUUGAGAAGGACCGAGCCAGGCUGCCAAGGCCUCCUCUCUGUUCCAGGGCCCUCUACUCACUCGCCCUGCGUUGCUGGGCCCCUCACCCUGCAGACCGGCCUAGCUUUUCCAACCUGGAAGGGUUGCUUCAAGAGGCUUGGCUUUCUGAGGGACGUUGUGUGAGGGAAGUCACAGAGCCUGGUGCUUUGCGGAUGGAGCCCGGAGAUCCCAUCACUGUCAUUGAGGGCAGCCCUGAGGCCACAACCUGGAAGGGCCAGAAUGGUCGCACCUUCAAAGUGGGCAACUUCCCUGCCUCAGCAGUGACACUACCAGACUUGGGGGCUUCGCCAGUCAGCCGUCCAACCCAUGGAGGUUCUCCUGCCCGGGGAGAAAGAUGCCGAGGAUGCAUAGAUGGGGACAGAGAGAAGACAAAGUUUCAGGAUCUGCCACCAGCACGAGGCCAGAGAAGGCAGGUGCCUCUGCAGAGGAUGAAAGGCAUUUCCAAGAGUCUGGAGUCAGUUCUGUCCCUGGGCCCUCGACCCACAGGAGGUGGUUCAAGUCCUCCCGAACUUCGACGCACAAGAGCUAUGCCCCAGGGACUCCCAGACCUGCCUCCACGCCCACCUUUCAUCUCCAGCUCUUCUCAGCCCAUCCAGCCCCACAAAGCACGGCCUCCCUGCCCCAAAAGAGAACCCUCACACAAUCACCGCCCUGGAGUACCUGGAGCCAGCAAAGCCACUGUCCCUUCUGGGUGUCCCUCAUCAGACCCCGAGUGGCAGAGGAAGAUUAAGGAGGUAGAGCUGAGUGUACAUGGAGUCACCUACCAGGAGUGUCAAGUGGCACUUAGAACCACUGGAGGAGAUGUGGCUUCCGCUAUUCGGAACCUCAAGGUAGACCAGCUCUUCCACCUCAGUACCAGGUCCAGAGCAGAUUGCCGUCGCAUCCUGGAACAUCACCAGUGGGACCUGUCAGCAGCCAGUCGCUACAUCCUGGCCCGGGCCUGAACUCUGCAUCCUUGAGGAUGGCUACCAGCAUGGAGAACCUGGCCUACUCAGGGCCUGACUGUGGGACCAAACAGAACCAUGAGGUCUUGGCAGAGGCAGACUUACACUAAGGGAGCUGUUACCUGCUAUAACAAGGUAUAGGAAGUGUGCAGGGCACCGGGUCAAGCACUGAUGAGUCUUUCUUCCAUGCCCUCCCUGCUCCUUGGCUUCUGAGGGUUUAAGAACUUUUGACUGGACCAAGAAGGAUCUAGUUCUACUACAUUCCCAUUGAAUAGGACUUGAAAGAGAAAAGCUGCAGAGGAAGCCUCUACUCACUACAAACAACGAUCAAGUAGCUGUGCUGGACCAUGGAACAACUGUUAGAACUGUCAUUAGCUACCUCACUAGACUCUAUGGGGCACCCAUCUUGGAUACUGACUUGGGGGCUGUGGUCUACAUCGCUUUGGUUUGGUUCAGAAUCACCAUGGGUGAUGGAAACCAAGUUUCUGGACUCAAUGAUUUUUUUUUUCUUUAAUCCAAACACUGCAGAUUAUGAGAUGA